AUGGCCAAGCAGCCCCCCGAGGUGAAGGCGCGACGCGACGGCGAGGGCGGGCGGCUGCCGGCGGCGGAGGGGCCGGGCCCGGGCGCGCAGCUGCGCCCCGGCGCUCCCGCUGCCCUGCCCGGGGCUGGCCCGGUGUCCGCGGCCGCCGCGGCGCGGGGCCCGCCCGCCAGCCCCGGCCCCUUCGCCACCCGCUCGCCGCUCUUCAUCUUCGUGCGGAGGUCGCCGCUGCUGCCGCGCUCCUCCAGCGGGUACUUCUCGUUCGAAGCCGAGCGCAGCCCCGCGCCCCUGAGCUGCGACAAGGCCACGCAGACCCCCAGCCCGCCCUGCCAGGCGCUCAGCCACUGCCUCAGCGCCAUGGCUUCCCGGUGGCAGUCCCACUCUCCGGCCGAAGAGGUGCAGCCAGAGAUCUGGAUCGCGCAGGAGCUGCGGCGCAUCGGCGACGAGUUCAAUGCCUCCUAUUGUCCACGCAGGGUCAUGAUCUUGCGCCUGCUGCGUUACAUCAUCAGCCGCAUCUGGAGGCUCCAGUGAGAGCGCCCGGCGCAUCCCGAGCCACCAGGACUGAAUUCCUCGCUGGGAAAGCCCGGGAAGGACGGACUCAUGGAUGGAUGUGGGGCUCCCACCCUGCCUCUCUCACCCCCAGGACACGUGGCAGGAUGAGGGUGGACAUCCCAUUCCGACCGCGGCGUUCUUAUGGCAGAGUGGUGUUUACUCGGUGUUUCUCUCCACUCUUUUUAUUAAUUUUUUUGCCUUUUUUUUUUCCCCCAAAAGAGUCUCAGCGAAAAUGUGGAAUCAUGUUUUGUCAUCGUUCCUGGAAUUCUGUGGCAUGAGCCCAUGGCAGGAAUGAGGGAAACCUGAGCCAGCUGAUGGGCAGAGCCCUCGGAGUUUGCCUUGCAGAGGCUCGGAUUCCUCCCCUCUCCCUUUGCCUCUGGGGCAUUUGCCCUAAAAAAGGCUGGAAAAAGGGCAGAGGGAUUUAAUAUCAGCACUUCUUUUACCUGUAAAUACCUAAUGCUACCCCAAAUCCAACUUCAUUUGCAUAAUGCAAAUCAGCCUAUUUCCUGCUGACUGAUUUUUAAAUUUUUUUUUUUUUGCGUUUUGAUAUCUCUAUUUUUUUGAUCCACUCUGAAUUUCAAGACUUUGCUGUCGAACUCCAGGGUCCAAACCAUCACAACCAACCAACCAACCAAACCCCAAGCCACCAGGUUGCCUUUUUUUAAAGAAAUUCUUUCUAUAAAACGUGUGAAAACGCUUCUGUAGUGUCUGCUAUCAGAUGUGGGGGACUGAGUAAUCCAGCAAUAAACCGUUCCGGAGGCAGGGAGCAGCUCCCAGAGCGCCGCAGCCAGAGGCGACGGCAGCAGGACCUGUUGGGAGUCGUGGCUGUCAAAAGAGGUUUCCAAGAUGGUGUUUUCCUGGGAUCCUCUCCGUGUUUGGACGGGGAUGAGCACCCAGAUGCAGAUGGAAGGAUGCCAGCCCGACACGGAUCUAUCCAGGACAUUCCAAGGGGAUCUGACUGCUCUGUGUCCUCCCAGAGAAGUUCCCAGGUGCUCCAUGUCCCAGGGCCUCUCCCCUUCCCUCCCUGGAGCCAUGGAUCCACGGGUGUUCCCCUUCCCAGCAGAUGUUUUUGGGGGAUUGGCUGCUCCAGCCAUCCCAUAUCUAUGCACAAACAUCCCCCUUCCCUCAGGCUGGUGCAGGUGCUCCCCAAAAGCUGCGGGGUUGUUUCUGGUCUCACCAGCAGCAUAGGAAAAGAAAAGAAGGAAAACCCCAUCCCAAGCCCCCCUUGGAGCGGUUCUUCCCACAGGGAGAAGCUGCUGAGUGCCAUGGAUGAUAAUUAGUGUUAAUUAAUGAUGGACAGACCCCAGUGGGACCUCUCUGCCUGGCGGGUCAGAGCGGGGCCUCCCCUCCUGCUCCUGGAGGAUCAUGGAGGUGGUUUUAACCUCGAUUGCCAAUUUUAUUCCCUUUUUUUCCUUGGAAGUGCAAGGUGAGCAGCGGUUGCAGGAGCAGGGAGUGUUUUGGGAAGGGCAUUUUGGAGCCCUUUGUGGGGAACCUUUGCACUGGUGGAGAGUGAGCGGUUCAAAUAACGAGGGAGCUUGGCCAGGGCAGAUCCUGCUCCUCAUCCCUUGGGAUUUACCUCUGGCUUUGGCUCACCGUGGCUGUGCUGCCCCAGUCAGCCCUACCAGCUGCCACCAGGGAUUUCCCAUGGAAUUCCACUGGUAAAAUUAGAAUUAAAGGAUAAAACUUGGCAGCAGGGGUGGGGAGACCCAGUGAGAUUUUUUCUUUUUUCCUCCCAGUUGAGUUCCAUCAUUGCUGGUGGAUGAAAUGGUGCUUUGGGAUCUCCCAGCUUUGGGCAUCCCAGAAUGUGUCCCUUGGAGUACACCAAAGAAUCACCAAAGAGCACUUUACCCUGUCCUCCCAUGGAGACAAAUUCAUUUUAAUGAAAAAAAAAACUCAAUAUAUUGGCAAAGUCUCCCAGGGCCUUCUCCACAGGAGGAGUUCCCAGCCAAAAAUCAUAGGAAAAGGAACCCUCAAAAAAUAGGAUUCCUGUGGCAUUGUGAGGUUUAGUGAGAAAAAGCCCCCAAAAACGCCUCAAAACAGAAGAAUUAUAUAAAACAGGGAUUUAUGCUCCUUUCAGCCAUGUUGGCUGCCUGCUCUGGGUCGUGUUUAAGUGUAGCCUGUGCUCUGUGUUGCACCAAAAGGAUGAAGAGUUUUCCUUGGAAACCAGAUUGAUCCUGUUCUUGCUUCUCCUCUUUUGCACCAAACUGUAAAUACUCAAAUAUUUAUUAGAGUAGAGUACCGUAUUAUUUUCAUCAUCUGAGCCAAAUAUCUGUGUGCAAUGUACUCCCUCUCCUUUCUCUCCUGUAAGUUUUGUACAGCUUAGAAAUACUUUAAAAAAAAAACUAAAAAAAUUUU